AUCGCGAUGUUGCAUGGUCGAACUGUAUCCACAAGUUUGCAUCGACAUAGAUACAUCUACAAGAACAAGCAAGGGAAUAAUUCACAAGCAAGGCUGUAUAAAGAAUAUUAAAAAUGAACAAGGGUAUCACAUCAAAACUUGUCGUAUUUCUGGUGGUAUUUCUGGAAAUUGUUGCGGAGAUUCAAAGCGCACCAGUUUCGAAUAACAAAGCUGCAAAGAUCACGUGUCCUCGUCCUACUGGAUUCUGCCGAGGAGAUCCCGAGGAACCAUGCAAGAACGAUGCCGAAUGCAGUCAUUUAAACAUGGGAUCGAGGGUACAUUUAUGUUGUCCUCAUGCGUGUAAAGGAAAAAAAAUUUGCAUUGAUUUUAACGUACCGCAACCAACUACCGCUAACCCUCCUACCACUGUACCAAGCACGAAGGCGCCUACGACGGUUGUUUCCACAGCAACUAGUACUGAAAAGCCUUCUUCCACACAAGAACCAAGUCCUACAGCUCCAAGAACGUCAGCAAGAAUUACAACGGAGCAAACAUCCACCAGUGGCAGCGGGUUACCUACGGAGGAAGUGGAAAUCACAACUUCAAAACCUACCACCGCUGAACGUCUGACCACAACUCAGAUGCCAAGUACCACCGAAGCAACGACUUCUUUGGGAUCAACGACGAGUUCAAAACCGAUGACAGUUGUAACAACAACUUUGAAACACACUACAACUGAACGUCCUACCACAACCCAGAUCCCAACGUCGACCGAAUCGACAACAACUGAGAAAUCGACCACGAAUUUGCCAUCAACCACAGCACCGACAACGCGAGCUGUAACAAUUGCACCGACAACGGAGUUUGUUCCGGGUCCGUCUGCAUGCGGUCACAGCAAAGCAAAGGAUAUUCUCUUCAUCAUUGACAGUGCAUAUAGUUACCAACAACAUAGAGCGACCAGGCGAAAGGAAUGGAAACAAGUGAAACAUUUUGUCAAGGAAAUGAUUUCGGAGUUGGAAGGGGACAGGUUCAGAAUUGGUGUGAUGCAAUAUGGUGGAUAUGGCAAACCCUGGAUGGAAGUUGAACUUUCGGAUGGAGUUGAUACGAGUAGUUUGAAACGUCAGAUUGAUGAUAUGAAACAAGUUGGUGGGACGAAAAAAAGGGUCGGAGAAGCAUUAGCUGUUGCCGGUAAUAAGUUCUACGAAUUCAACACGCUCUACGACCGCGAAGAUGCACAGGACGUUGUCGUUCUUAUAACGCGUGACAGGCCAACGGAUAGGGAGCAAGCGGUGGCAGAGGCUGAAAUGCUGAAAAGAAAGGGGGUUCAAGUCGUUACUGUAGGAGUGAGCCUAUACCCCUGGUAUUUGGCGCAAUCCGUUGGAAAAAUGUCAUCGUUCAAGCAUGAUGCUAUCACGUGCAAGUACAGCGAACUAGCUGACAAGAAAAUGGACCUGCUCGAGAAGAUUUGUAUGUCAGUCAAUUUACCUGGAGUCGUAUCACUUUGUCGAAACAAAAAAGUCGACGUUCAAUUCCUCCUGGACGGAUCUCGAAGCAUCAACCAAGGAGAGUUUGACAAGAAGCGGAAGUUCCUGAAAGACGUGUUCUUUUUAAUAGAGUCGCCACCUUCAGAUCUGCAUACGGGGUUGAUGCAGUUCAGUACGGUCGAGAAAACAGAACAUUUAUUCCAACUUGAAAAACACACCUUGCCUGAAGAACUGAACGCAAUUAUUAAUAUGCAAUAUCACUCUGGAAGAAAUACAAUGUUGGGAGACGCUUUGAGCCAGAUAAAUAACGAGGUGUUCAACGGACAAGCUGGUGAUCGUUCCACCGUGGAAAAUGUUCUCGUCAUCUUCAGCGACGGUCGAGCACACGAUAUCUCGCGGGCAUACCGAGAGGCAGGCUACAUGAAAGAAAAAGAUGUGCGAAUCAUAGCCACGGCUGUGAGCGACUCUGGCUAUAUCCCCGAGGAGCUGAGAAGGCUUGCGACGCAUCGUAAAGACGUAUUGGCCAUUGAUCUGAGCAACACUGCGCACUAUGCCAAGGAACUCGCGUCGAUGAUUUGCAAGGCUAACGCGUGAGGGACAUACGGAACCGGACAACCAGUAAUAAUCAUGCCGAGCGACAACUGGCUGCGGUUCAAAGGAUCUGAUUCAAAUGCAUGAAGCACACUGCAGGAUAGGCCAUGCAUGUUUAUCUGGAAUCAAGUUGCUCGGUUACUCAAUUUUCUAUCAAGGUUUGGGGAAAGCGAAUGAACUCUAUUUAGACCAGAAUUAUAUAUAAUUGGAGACCGCAAUUCAUGCCAAUUUUAAAGGUGGAUAGAGAACUAGUGCUAGUACGGGUCUCUUAAUUCAGCUGCGAAUUCCCUUCAAAAAUAGCUACUUUACGAUGUAUUUAAAAAAUGACGCAAAGUAUGUAAUCAUUACUUGAAGGAUGUGUAAAAUUAGAUAAAAAAUAUUUAAGCCCGAAGAGGGAAAUCUCAAUGUCGUAUUAUGUAUUAGA